CUGACCAUAGAGAUUUCAAGACUUUCUAGAUUAUUGAUUUCAUCCUUGACUCAAGUCUCACCCAGUUCUGAUCUCUGCUCUGUUUACCUAUGAGAAUUAGUGAUAGUAAUGGAGCUUUACAUAACCCAUCCCUCCACCCAGGGCAGUCCUGACCAAGCCCCUUUCCUCUUGAUCAACUCAGCUGCUUCGCAAACACUGAAGAUGACUGGCGUUUCCUGAUUUUUGUCUGGAGUUUCCGUCCUUGGGCUGGAAGGAUGGGGCAAUAUGUAGUUCGAGCAUCAUGCCUUGAACAGACUAGUUUUUUGGAGACUUUAUGCACCAGAAGCCUCUUUCAACAACCUAUUGUACAGUCUUGCAGAACUCAAGAUUUAAUGGAAAAUCCUGUAAUGGCAACAUAGGCCAAACAACAUGUAUAUUUCUCUAAUUAAUGUCAAUGAAUGAAGAAACAUUGAAAAACUUGGGAUCUUAACAGGAUAUAAGGAUCCUUUUGCUUUUACGUAAAAAGAUUUCUGCAAAAAUCCUUCGUCUUUUAUUAGGAAAACAUUUGGAGAUUGGUUUUGUAAAUCGGACUGCUUUUUAGAGGUAAGCACAAGAGGGAAUGAGAGAGGAAGCGGUGAUACAGUGGAUAUUUUUGUCCAUUCAUCUACAGGAAGCCAGGUUUCACUUUCUCCCCCUUCUUUUUAGUGAGCCCUUUUUUGGAACCCCUGGAUUCUUCCCUGCACUUCCAUCAGUGUCUUUAACUCAUUUUCUCUGUGUUGUAAAGUCUCACUGAUGGACAGUGAUGGAUUGUCUGGGCUCUGGCCUCAGGAAAGCUCUCCUCCACCGCACUGCCUCCGGUAGGUGAUCCAACGGUUCUCAGUUUAAUGAGCUUCAACAUGCCAACAAUGAGACGUUUCACCGUGACUCUAGGAAAGAAAGUAGAGGUUGGUUGUCAGAGAAUGGAGAGGAGGCUGUUGAACGAACUCUGAUUCUCACCCAGUUGAGAUCUAAAAUUAAUCUGUUGAUGAGUAGGAAAGCUGCAUUCAUGUAAUCACAAAACCGCAUAUCAUGGGGAAUGGAUUAAGAAAAAUGAAGCAUCGUCGGAAGUAUUGGUUUUGGCCAGCUAAAGAUAAAGCCAGUAAUCCCAGCUGCUUUCCCUCCAAACAAUCUGAAGAAGAGGAAACUUGUGUUGGGGUGAAGAUUGCACAGAACAAAGCCAUUGCUAGCCAUAGUCCUAAUGAGCAAGAUCAUCGCAGAGAGAAGUUGAGUCAUGGAUGUAGACUCAGUAAUAAGAGCGUCGCUGGAGUAAAUGGAAGAGUUUCAGGCCGACGGCCACCACUGCAUCCCAAACCACAAGUGCCUCCUAAGCCAGCACACCUUCAGAGUCCGGUGACGGAAGUCUCCUUUCCUCUGGCUGCUGGAACAUCACCCAUCAAUCCCAGCAUGGAGGGGGGAGGAGUAGGAGGAGCAAAAGGCAGGGGCCUAGUGUCCAACCUCAUCAGUCACUUUGAGGAGAACAGUCACAUAGACAGUCGGAGGGAGGGCGCUCCUCUGAAGCAGGUCAGCAGAUCUCCCAACUGCAGCCCGGCUCACAAAAACUACCAGAGACAGACGGAGCAGCCCACAGACACCAGCUCUGCUGUGAACAGCGAACAUCAUGCUGUCAAACCCCCCAAUGGGGUUCUAAACCAAAAGAACAGAGAACAGGACUGGAAUCAGGACAUGGACGGAAUUACGCAGGACACCGUUCCGGUCGAGGGGAUAGACAGCCAGGGACUGCUGAAUGGAGAUGCCAGCGAUGAGGCUAAGAAGGAAAUUAUGGACGAGGACUGUGUAGACCCGCCUCACACUCACAUAGAACAGGCUGAGGAGGAGAAGAAAGAGCCGGAGCAGGAUGACGUUGUAAUGAACAGCAUCCCAGAACAGAAGGAAACCAAUGAGCAGAAACUCUACAAGAUAGCAAAUGAACUUCUGCAGACAGAGAAGGCUUAUGUUGCACGACUCAACUUGCUAGAUAAGGUGUUUUAUGCCAAGCUGAUAGAAGAAGCCAGAAAAGACACGUUCCCCAUGGAUGUGGUGAAAAACAUAUUUUCCAACAUCUCUUCCAUUCAUACCUUCCACAGCCAGUUUCUUCUGCCUGACCUGGAAAAACGCAUGGGAGAAUGGACGGCAACACCUCGCAUUGGGGACAUCCUACAGAAACUCACUCCCUUUCUAAAAAUGUACGCUGAAUAUGUGAAGAACUUUGAUCAUGCUAUGGAUCUGCUGAAGCAAUGGACAGAUCGAUCGCCUCCAUUUAAAGCCAUCAUUCUGGAAAUCCAGCGUCAAGAAGCAUGUGGCAGUCUGUCGCUGCAGCACCACAUGUUGGAGCCUGUUCAGAGAGUGCCACGAUACGAGAUGCUGCUCAAAGACUAUCUGAAGAAACUUCCUCAGGAUCACAUAGACCAGCGGGAUGCUGAAAAGUCUUUAGAGAUUAUCGCCAUGGCUGCCACUCAUUCCAACACCGCCAUUAGGAAAACAGAAAACCUUAAGAAAUUGCUGGAGAUUUAUGAGAUGCUGGGAGAGGAAGAGGACAUUGUGAACCCCUCAAAUGAGUUAAUAAAGGAAGGUCAUAUUCUAAAACUGGCAGCUAGAAACACUUCAGCCAUGGACAGAUAUCUCUUCCUGUUCAACAACAUGCUACUGUACUGCGUUCCCAAGUUUAGCUUGGUGGGACAGAAGUUUACGGUUCGCACACGUAUCGGGAUUGAAGGCAUGAAGGUGAUGGAGACGUACAAUGAGGAUUAUCCUCACACCUUUCAGGUUUCCGGAAAGGAACGGACACUGGAGCUGCAGGCCAGCUCUGAACAGGAUAAAGAAAGCUGGAUAAAGGCAUUCCAGGAAACAAUACACAUCUCUCUCCAGAAAAAUGAGACCUUUAAGUCAGCUUCCAAAGAUGUGGAGGAGAUAGCGGAACUUAAGAUAUCAGAGCUGGGUAAAAGAGCCCCUCGUUGGAUCCGAGACAAUGAGGUGACCAUGUGCAUGAAGUGCAAAGAGCCCUUUAACGCCAUCACACGCAGGAGACAUCACUGUCGGGCCUGUGGAUACGUGGUCUGCUGGAAGUGUUCAGAGUACAAAGCCACUCUGGAAUAUGAUGGGAAUAAGAUGAGCAAGGUGUGCAAAGACUGUUUCUGCAUCCUGACAGGCCAUAUAGACAGUGAGGAGAGGGAGGGCAAGAAGAAGGGCAUUCUAGAGAUUGAAGCUGGUCAGUUCUCGGGCAACAGUAUCAUGUGUGGCUUCCUGCAGUACUGCGAGAAGAACAAGCCCUGGCAGAAAGUCUGGUGUGUCAUUCCUCAAAAAGAAGCUCUAGUUCUCUACUUGUACAGAGCACCUCAGGAUGUCAAGGCCCAGUCCACGAUUCCUCUGCUUGGCUACCAGGUGGAGGACAGCGCAAGACCCACCGACCCUCCCGCGAGCUUCAGACUGUCUCAGUCGAAAUCAGUCCACAGCUUUGCAGCAGAGAGCGAGGAUGUGAAACAGCGCUGGCUCAAAGUGAUCCGUAUGGCGGUGACAGGAGAGGUACCAAAAUCACCUGAAGAAAACCAUUCUACGGAAAUCACCCAAGAGCCGAGCUCUAAUGGCGUCUGAGCAAAAAGAGCAAACUCUUGUUGAAGAUUUUAGUACUGACGUGGCAAUGCUGUCGGUAAGAAGAGUGUUGAAGCUCCCGCUUGCUGCGCCAUCACUGCUGGUCCAGUUGUCCUAAAGAUUCAUUUGGAUUUGAACACAUCCAGAAUACAGGGCUUUAAAGCACAUGGAUAUCGGCUUCAUCCUUACCUGACAGAUUAGAAGCUCACAAAGGAUGCAAACGGAGCACAUGUGAACACAUGGAAAAACAGACAUGCUAUUCCAUCAUCACACUAUAUUAUAGCUGACGCAGCACUGUUUUAAGCCUAAUGUAAAAAUUGUACAAUUCAGAACAUUUACAGUACAUGUUGUAUGUAUAGUAUAUUGAGGCAAAAAUCCAGAUGUUGACACCAUUAUAAAAAAAAAUAUAUAUGAUUUGUACAUGCAGGACAUUAGCGCUUUUCAAAAGACAAGAUUGCAAUUUAGUGCAAAUAUAAAUUGCAUUCAGAUGCAAAAUGCUCUGCAUGCAAUAGAAGCUCCUUCAUUAUGGCCAGCAGACAUGGUGUGUUGUCAACAUUGUUGAUCCUAGGUUGAGUUGCAGCGGUAUACCAGUAUAUCAUAGUAUUAAAAUUGUCGAUUUGCUUAAAUGCAACUGGACUGAGAAUCUCAACUGCACAUGCGCGACACAUGCAGAAGUGUGAAAGAGAUGUGAGGCUGAAUAGAGCUUCACCAAACUUGUAGCACAAUGACCUGUCUGAUAAGAAACAAAGUCUUAGCUUUCAAAUUCUGUCAACUUUAUCAGGAAACCCAAAUAAGAAAUGCUGUUUUGGCGGUCUUUUAAUCGUUGUAUCUGCCUAUGUAGUAAGCGGCAGAGUGGAGCACGCGUUAAACCAGAUAGCACACGUACGUCUGCGAGAUGUCUGUUAAAGAUUGUUUCAUCUGGAAAGCAUUUGCUGUGUACAAACAUCUGAUAGAUGUCUUUAAGAUGUCAGUUUUACAUGCAUUAUAAAUCUUAAACAUCUUUAAAGACAUCUUCUAAAUGUCUAUUUGACACCUGAUAGGAAACGUCCUAUAGACGUAUUUGCAGACUAAAAAAAAUAAAAAAACCGUGAAUGAACAUUAGAAGGCAUGGUGAAAGAUUUAGAAAAACUACCUGGAAUGUAUUAGCUCUAAUUUAAUCGCCCAAUCAGUGUUUUGACCACGAAAAGAAGUCAGUGAAACAACUACAUUACAUUUACCUCAGGAAAUUUUGAUAGUUAGCUAGAAGGACCUUAACCUGUUAAUAAUAAUUUAUUUGUUUUUUUGAAAACUACCUUAUGUGCAAUUUGAAUGUUUGUAUAAAAUUUUGUUUUGAGUGAGUAGCCUAUAAAUUCAUUUAGUCUCUGUCCUUAAUUUUACUCUUUAAUAUUAAUGUUUCAAAUGAGAGGGUUUCCAUGUUUAGUUUACAGCAUUAGUUUGAAUAAUUUUUAACUUAAGAAAAAUUGAUGUGCAGCUAAAAUAUAUUUAAAUACUGUAUACCGUGACGCCAAAAUAUCCUACCGUUGCAACCCUCCUACGACAGUAUUAACCAAUCCUAACCACUAGCGGCAGUCCAGGACCAACAAGGAUGCAGAUCUAGGAACAUGUCUCAUGUGGGAUGUACUUAAAGGUGCUGUAUGUAGGAUUAACACCGAGUGGUUGAACUAGGUAUUGCAGUCCAAAUUCUAAAUAUUGGAGCGGGUUUUUUCACCUGGCACCUUCUACUUUGAACUGAUGCACACGUAGGUUGCCAGAUUGACGACACAAACAGGAACGAGCGCACUUGAUGAUGAGCGAAAUUAAAUACGCUGUGCUCUCUGCCAACUGGCAACCCGGGUUGCCGAGAUACAAUUGGGUAAACUGGCAGAGGGGGGGUUUCACAGAACAUUCCGGCCCGGAAACUGUUUUUAUACAGUCUAUGCCCAAAACACACAUUUUUAAAGGAGAAUAACUAACUGUAUCAUUGUUUUUCAGAUAAGUAUGUUAACUUAGCAUGUUUCUUAAAUAUCUGCAAACAUAUUAUGGUAUUUUUACGCUUAAGUAGAGUCAAAAUCUUACAUACAGCACCUUUAAGUGAGCUUCAACGCCACCUUCUGGUUUGUAGUGUCUCAGCACAUCCGAUAUCAAUCUUUUGACAGAUUUAAAAGUCUGCUGAACCUCAUAUUAGUUUCCGAAACAGAACAACAGCAGUCGAGACCAUGUGAAUAAUGUUUCACUUACUAUAAGCUGUUUCACUUUCCCUCAUUUAAAAGCACAUUCAGAUCAAACAUGAACAAAAUUGUGGCUUUGGUGUCAGUAGCUCAGCAGUCAACCCCCAGACUUCUAUUGAAUUAUCAGAGAUGGACAGCGUGUGAUUUAUUAUCAGCUCUCUAAUCAUGGUAAUAGAUUAAGGAUUUAGUGGAAUAACUGGUUGUAGAUCAAAUUUGUGUGAUGAUUUCUGUAAUAGACCUUUAUUUGUAGGCAGUCAGUUGACUAAUGGAGGUGGUUUUGUUCUGUGUAUCUACUGUGGGCAGCACAAUCACACUCAGAAGGCCCGCUGGAGCAGGGAAAUGUAUAUGUUCUUUAAAUAGUGUAAUUAUAAUUUUAUUAUUUAAAAAUAAUUUAUAGCAGAAAUGCAUGAUUUUACAUAGCACACAAUUACAUUUUCAGUCUCUGUGUAGAUUGGAUCAUUUAUUCAUCACUUUGUAUUUAAGAAAUAAGCAUGUCCAUUUAUUUCUACAGCUGCAUAUUCCUAACAUUACUGGGAAUUAAUUUGGCUUGACUUUCAUCACACCAACAUUGUGCGUUACAGGCCUUCUUUCACACUCAAUUUUAAGCAAUUUUUUUUUAUUAUUUAAAAAGAACAGAAACCACUAUUUGGUUUGAUGUUUCUGGGAAACUCUGCUGUGUGGAAACAAUGUACAAUUUUAAAGCUACUUGACCUUGAAACAUAUCACAGCAAAGAAUUGUAGUCAUAUUAUUGUCCAGUUGUUGAUUCCACAGUCCAUAUUUUCUGAAUGGGACGUGCCUAUGACAUUUUAUAAAUGUAGUUACACACACAUUUUUACAGGCAAACUAUGAAAGCAACUAGGUUGGUAUAUUGAACGUGAGUUUCUGUAUUAAAACAUGGAUGUGUGUUCAUUGUUGCCAUUCGAAAGCUGAAUGUAGUCUGAAUCUCUUCCACGGUAAAGCUACAUCAGCUCUCAAAACCGAGACAGACCCUAUUUUAUACAUACAAAUGAAACUGAAGAUGACACACUUUACGGCCUUCUAUAAAGUGUACCUUGUAAAAUAAAGCAAGAUUAUUCUGCAA